AUGGACAGAUACGAGAAGAUUGAGAAAGUCGGCGAAGGCACAUACGGCGUCGUGUACAAGGCGCGGGACCUUAACUCAAACCACAUCGUCGCCCUCAAGAAGAUUCGGCUCGAGGCAGAGGAUGAAGGCGUACCAAGCACAGCCAUUCGCGAGAUUUCCCUGCUCAAGGAGCUCAAGGACAAACACAUAGUAACAUUAUACGACAUCGUGCACGCCGAUCAAAAGCUUUAUCUGGUGUUUGAAUUCCUCGACGUCGAUCUCAAGCGGUACAUCGAAGCCGGCAACGCGUCCGGUACACCACUCUCCCUUGAGCUUUGCAAGAAAUUCACGCAUCAACUAACGGCUGGCCUGCUUUACUGCCACGCACAUCGUAUCUUGCACCGCGACCUCAAGCCUCAAAACUUGCUCAUCAACAACCAGGACAAUCUCAAGAUCGCCGAUUUCGGUCUCGCUCGUGCGUUCGGCAUUCCCAUGCGCACGUACACACACGAGGUUGUCACGCUGUGGUAUCGCGCUCCAGAGGUACUUCUCGGCUCGCGUCAUUACUCAACGGCCAUCGACAUGUGGUCCGUUGGCUGCAUAUUCGCUGAGAUGGUCAUGCGCGGCAACCCCCUGUUCCCUGGUGACUCAGAGAUAGACCAAAUCUUCAAGAUCUUCAGGGUGCUCGGUACUCCUGAUGAGAGCACCUGGCCCGGCGUGGGGCAACUACCGGAUUACAAGCCGACGUUCCCGCGUUGGGCUGGACAAGAUCUUGCCGAGCAGGUGCCUUACCUCGACCGCGACGGUCUCGACCUCAUGCAUCAAAUGCUAACCUACGACACGGCCAAGCGCAUCUCCGCAAAACGUGCGCUUGUACAUCCGUAUUUCGCGGACUACAUCCCGUCGUGA